CUCAGCCCAUCCCCCCCUACCCGCCGCAUCGACUCCUGACAGGCCUUCGACCCAACGAUUACACAGCCAUAACAACACACUUUGUCUUGGCAGCCUCGCCUCUUCCCCCUUCCUGCCUCUCAUUCCACACAGCGGCAAGGCUCAUCUCGAAUUCUCCGAGCCUGUCCUCCUUACACUCUUCAUCACCUCGUCCUCUACAACAUCAAAGGAAGCUCACUCGCCACACCCUCACCGGCCCCAGGCGUACUUCGCCUCCGGUCAUCGUUCCCAAAUCCCAUAGCAAGUCAAGUCUGUCGCAGUCUUAGAUGAGCCAAGGAGUAGACUACCAAGUUGGGAAUGGAGGCGCGGGAGGGGAAAGUGAGGAUCAAGAAAGAGGAUUAGUGGGAGCAGUAGCAGCGGGCACACAUGGCCAAUCUCGUCCUUCCACAGCGGCGUCGUCAUCCUCCUCCUCCUCCUCUUCACACCACCACACUGGUUGCGUGGCGUCGCACACCCACGUCUCUAGGUCCGGAGCUGGCAUCGCCCACGCCGCUACCUCGCCCUCGUCGCCAGACUUUGGCUCUGCCAGAAGUACGCCACCCACGUCCCGAUCACCAUCCCGUCUUCUCGUCAAGAGGGGCGGGGAGCAACCAGUCUCUUCCUCGUCCUCUUCCAUCGCUGAUCCAGAUAUGGUGAAAACCGAGACUUCUGGUGUCUCGACGGAUGCUGGUGACGACUCUGCUCGCAUUCUAGGCAAGCGACCGGCACGUUCGCCACCAUCCCCUACCACUACCGCGUCGGCCGGAUCGUCGAUGAGCAGAACCACCAACCCAGCAGCGUAUACCAAGACGGCUACACAGACUCGCAGCAUAGCCCGUCAAUUGCUGGAACUGGUCACCUGCGCUUCAUGCAACCGGCCCUACACCACACCGAUCACUCUGCCAUGCGGUCACUCGACAUGUCUGCCUUGCAUCAGUGCCAGGUUGAAGAACAUUACCGCUAUCAACCAAGCGGCAGCUGGUCCCUCUACAAGGACUACACAUGUUCCUCCGAGACUGCCGCUGUGCACCAUGACAGUGCCCUGCUCUGUCAACGGAUGUCCUCGCUCGGCCAUUGGGCAGGGACUGGGAGUGUGGGCUGGCUACAGCGCAGCAUAUGGUCCCCCUGACUCUGAAGCAUGGGUUGACGAAGAUGUGUCAUCACCGGGAAACGAUGACGAACAGGAGCAGCAGGCCUCGUCGGCAGAACGUGGAUCACUCCCCGUGGAUGGCUUCGUCGUUGGCGCAGACAAUGAGAGUCUCCGACUCGGCGUCAUUCCUCCGCAACUCAGGGAAAAGGCCAACACAUUUGCUGUAUCGCCCUUCCCAUGGGAGCAAGACGGAGGCAACACCCUCUCUCUCCGACCGGACGUUACCCUUGCCAAGGCCGUCGCUGUUCUCCAGCGCUACGCCCUAGAACCUCCUGGGGAAGAACGUCGCAGUUCAGGCCAGCGAGCCCGAAGAUCUCUCAUCGGCUUUGCCACCGCUCGUCGCCAUGCGGCCCAUCACCCUUCUCACUUGGGUUUCUCAUCAUCAUCAUCACUAUCCUCAUCGUCUGGGUCUCACCGUCGUACACGCAUGCCCGGCCGACCGGGCCCAUCGUCGGUCUUGGCUCGUGGAACGGGGUACACAGAACAUGCUAUGCAACGCAAUGGCCGUGCCGCCUCUAACACAAGACCUGGCACGACCAAGAUUGCACGACACUUCUUGCCUAUGCUCGGAGGCUCAGAAGCAGAACGCGAAAGCGGAAGCGUCGCCGGCGUCACUGCUGCCGACACUGACGAUGAAGAUGAGGAAGAAGGAUAUCAUCAACACUAUGGGCCGAAUGUGUCUCGCACUCGUAGGAGAGCAGGGACAAUGGGAAGAUCGUAUCGCUCGGGGAGAUAUGGUGGUGCGGAAUUUGAUGGCUCCGGUGGCGAGCAACAGGAAGACAGUGAAGUCAGCAGUGCUCAGAGCACACCAGAGGGUGGCUCGGCUGAAGAGACCGCUACGGUCGAUCGAUCCUCUGGCAAUGCCAAUACAUUCGACGGCGCCUUUGGUCAACAAUUGCAGCGACAGCAGUCGGAAGCUCAGGCAACAGCAUCACACGAGCCCACUAUCACCGUCGAUGCCAGUGGCGCGGCCGUUGCAGUAGAGGCGCCCAAGGCCGUCCCUACGCCUCCGCCUGGCACAGUCGCAAGUACGAUGGGAAAGCUGGACGAAGUCUUCAAGCUCACAACGCCCGAGCAUCUACAGUCCGAUCUCGUUGACACCCUCGAGUGUCAGUUGUGCUACUUCCUCCUCUACGAGCCCACUACCACGCCUUGCGGCCACACCUUUUGUCGAGGCUGCUUUGCACGCUCGCUGGAUCACUCGAACAAGUGUCCUUUGUGCCGUACGACUAUGCCGAGCUUCUCGUUCUUCCAGAAUCACCCAAGUAAUCAAGCGCUGAUGAAACUGCUCACAAGUCAAUGCGGCGCCCCGCAACCCAAUGGCACUACCGGCGACGACAAGCUUGGAGACACAGAACGAAGUCGUCGUGAAGGGUCAGCUUCGUCGUCAACAUACCCUCAAGAAGACUUGAUGUCGCUGUCCCGGCUCGGCGUAUUCGCCGACUCGCACACCGCUUCUUCUUCACCUUAUCGCAACAGCGAUGACGACGACGACGAAGCUCUCUCUUUCGGUCUUCGCCACCUCUAUCACGAGCGAGCACUGACAAUUGAAGAGGAAGAACGUCAAACUUCUUCGUGGAUGCCCAUCUUCGUCUGCACCCUAGCCUUCCCCACCAUGCCUACCAACUUGCACAUCUUUGAGCCUCGCUACAAGCUCAUGAUCCGAAGAUGUCUGCAAGGUCCCGGUCCUGGACGAUUUGGAAUGGUCUUGCCCUCGCGUAGCUCCACGGGUCCCGUGCCUGGCCUGCACGAGUACGGCACUAUGCUCGAGAUCAAGAAUCACACGAUGCUCCUCGAUGGCAGGUCCAUGCUCGAGACGGUCGGAUGGAGGAGAUUCAGGCUGCUGGAAAAGAACGGUGUGGAUGGGUACACCACUGGCCGAGUCGAGUACUUUGACGACAUCUCGUCGGGAGAAGUCGCCGCGGAGGAGGAGAGUGUAGUGGCCAGCAACCGGGAAGCAGUCGCAAGGAGGGACAGGGCUGAGCAGGAGAGGGUCUCAGCUUCCAGCGCUUCUCAAGCUGGGUCUCCAGCGGCACCGGAAGGUGACACCAACGCAUCUUCUCAAGCUUCCAGUGAAGCGUCUGCUCCUGGGACCGCACCAGUGCAAGAAGCGUCGAGCGCAGCUACAACGCCUCUUCCUCCAGCGGAGCAAGCCCCUACCAUGACCGACCUCAUCCGCACUGCUACGUCCUUCAUCGAGCUCCUGCGCACGCAAACCCAGACAGGUCUCUUUGAGCAAAUCGUCGCCACCUACGGCCCUGUCCCGCAGCCCCUGGAAAUUGACAAGCUCAGCUGGUGGCUAGGAAUGGUCUUGCCCAUCGACGAGCACGCCAAGAGUUCUUUGCUCCCCGUGAGGAGUCCGAGGAAGAGAUUGGAGAUGAUUGCUACGUGGAUUGAGCGGAUCGAGGGAAGUUGGAGGUCAGGGAGAUGACUAGGCUUCGGCAUCGGCUUUGCUGGAGUUGUGCAGUGGGGUAGAGAGGCGCUUUCCGGCAUUGCGAGGGGAGGUGGGGAUGCGCAGAGGAGGGCGGCUGGGAGAAGACAGUGGGAUGGGAGCCGUGAGGACGAAGGUGAGGAGGUAGCAGAGGAGGAGGUGUUCAUUGCCCCUCUCGGGGCGAGAAUUAGAAGAGGCCCCUCGGCUCUCCUCUCGUCUCUCGUGCUC